GUGACUUGAAAAAAGAAGAAAAACUGAGUUCGUUUUUCACUUUAUCGUUCCAUUUUUCCUUUAUUCUCUUUAACAAUUCGAGCUUCAUCUGUUGGUGAAGAGCAGACAUCAUGACGAACAACUUGCUGGAUGUUGAACCCGUCGGAUAUUGGGGACCGAUAACAAGCUCUGUUGACUGGUGUGAAAAGAAUUAUACGCAUUGGUACUACGUAGCAGAAUGGUGGAAUACUCUGUCUAGUUUAGCCAUGAUUGUCCUAGGGCUUUUGGGUGUGGGUUCCAUCAUCGAUCGGUCGGUUGGCGGAUAUCGGGUGCUUACCUCCUCAUCAUUGUCGUCGGUAUUGGCAGAACACGGAUAUGAACGCCACCUGUAUGGUAUCUGCAUUGCAUGCUACUGUGGAUUGGCGACCUACGUGACCAGUCAAUCCAAGGGCACCACUCAAUUCUAUAUGUUCCAAACGUCGUGGCAUGUCCUGAUGUCGAUUAGUCUUCAUUAUUUUUUGUUGCAUGUGGACACGAGACCAAGCAAGCCCGAAGUGAAUGCCGUCGAAUCGGUUAUUUUAUGA